AUGGGUGGCGAGGAUUUUGCCGGAAAGGCGGCUGCUGAAGCCAAAGGACUGAACCCGGGACUAAUCGUGCUGCUAGUUGUUGGAGGUCCGCUGCUUAUUUUCCUUAUCGCCAACAUCGUGCUCUACGUGUAUGCUCAGAAGAACUUACCUCCGAAGAAGAAGAAGCCGGUUUCCAAGAAGAAGCUCAAGCGCGAGAAGCUCAAGCAAGGAGUCGCUGUCCCUGGAGAGUAG